AUGGCCAAUACUUCCUUUAAGAACCCCACGCAUCCGCAAACUGGAUCACUACUGUUCAGUCAAUUCCCAACAGAAAUCAGACUCCAAAUCUACCAAGAAGUCAUAUCAACUUGGCACUGGACAAAAAGAAUACAUAUUAUCUUUCGACAAUGCCUAGAUUCGGAUAACAAUCGCGGCGAUAGUAUUCCGACAUAUGUUCCAUGCGCGGUUUCACCAGAGGACCAGCAUGAGCCAACUGUCUCCGAAAUGGUACACUACCAGAGAGAACCAAUGGUUAGCAAUUUGGCCAUCUUUUGGACUUGCCAACGGCUCUAUACCGAAGCAAUCGGUUUCCUUUACUCGGCCCCAACAUUCGAUUUCUUAUCGUUCAUGGAUGCGUGCAACUUCCUAAAAUGCAUUCCGCUUCAAAAUCUAAACUCCAUUAACUCCCUCCACCUCACUGGAUCAGCUUUUCGCAGCUAUUAUCCCACAUUGCUUCCCACUGACGUGAACCUACAUGCGAAUUGGCUGGAGGUCUGUUCCAUUCUAGAGAGAAUGGAAGGGUUACAAGAACUGAGAAUCAACAUACGCAGUACGCCACCAGAUAUGGCCAAUGAAAAAGAGCUGUUAAAAGCUCUUCUUGCUGUGAGAGUCAUGGGGAAGGGAAAAUUUGUUGUUCAGAUUCCAAGAACAGCUUCAGGAGGAGAGGACCGACUAAGAAGUGACAGAGACAGAGACAUCACCGACGAGGAGAUAUUGAAUGAUAGCGAUAGAGCUGAAAGUGGACUGCAUUUUAGGAUCGAGAGAAGAACAUGGGCCGGUGAAGUUGAAACAACGACGGAAAUUGGACUUGCAGUUCACCAUGGGAGACCGCGAAGGAAGAAACGCCGAUGGCUGUGUUUUCCGUGUUGGAUUAUUAUUCGUUUGGGAGUUGUGGCGUGGGAGGAAUUUGAAGAUCGGGUUUUACACAUAGAUUAA